AUGAAAUGCAAUUUUGAAAGAUUUCCUCGGUGGUCCCCUUAAAUAAAGGAAUUUUUUUCAAAUUUUUUGAAACAGAUGCAGCUUCCUUCUGAAAUUCACCGUACGCUUAGAAGCGUACGGUAUGUUGCUUUUUGCAAGGCUUCCGAAUAUAGGAAUGCAAGGAAUUGCAGGCUUCAUUAUGCAAGUGUUGUGGUUCUGAAGGACUUUUAUGAUGCGCAAGGCUAUAGUCACUUCCUGCUCUAUUUUUGCGGUGUUACGAUUUUGUCAUCAUCGUACUACCAGCACCUCCGGACCCGUGUGAAAGACUUCCUUUCCCGAUUUGUUAAGGAUUUCGGCACAUAUUAUGGUCGUACCCACAUGACCAGCAAUGUUCAUAAUCUCCAACACGUGUUUGGAGAGGUUGCAAUGUUUGGACCGCUUGAUGACUUUUCUGCAUAUUGCUUCGAAAACCAUUUACAGCAGAUCAAACGUUGGGUUAGAUCUGGCAAGAAGUUUGCGGAGUAAGUGGCAGGUAGAUCAAGUGAAAUUGCCACCAUCUACAUGACUGCCAAUUUAAUUGCUCCGAAAUAUCCAUAUUUGAAGACAAACGGUAUUGGUUUACACGUGGCCGCCGAUUUUGUCCUACUACCAUAUUUCAAAGACCAGUUUUUCCUAACAAAAAAUGAUGAUGUAGUUAAAUUUGUAAAAUGUAAAAGAUCAUCAUCAUUAUUCCCUAUCACUAUAGUUGGAGUCCGGUUUUUGUUCAAAAUGGCGCUUUUCGAAUUAAAUUUUGAAGAUAACUCUAUCGCAAAGACAUCUUCAACUGACUUAAAUAUUUAUAAAAUUAUCGAAAAUUCGCCAACUAGGCACAUGGAAGUAUCCUGGACUGGAAUCAAGUGUAAGCUGGUUCCAGUCAAGUUACCUUCGCGAUCUUUCACCCAUCCUCAUAUGACCGUUGGACGGAAAUUCAGGUGCGCGCGAUACGUGCACCUGAAGGAGCAUCGUUUCGCGCACCUGAAGGAGCUUCGUUUCACACACCCGAAUGAGUCACAUGAGGCCGAAGACAAGGAAGAGGCCGAGGACAAGGAAGAGCCAGAACGCGGUGCCAAGAAGAAGCGUGAUGCUGGUGAUAAGUACAAGCAACAGGAGGAGCAAUCCCCACCUCUGUCGUGUGCCGGAGAGAACGUGACGUAA